UUCCGUACGUUUGUAGUAGCUGUUAGCUGUGAUUGUACAACACAAGGGCAGCAGACCUGUCACCUGCCAACAUUUCUCGUUAUUUCAGCCGCUUUAAGUUGUGAUUGAGUCGUUUCUUCUACUGCUAACCUAAAGAAAGUUGUGUUUCCGUGUUGAUCUUUCUUGAGAUGCCUCCCAAACCUCUGGAGCCUCUGGCCAAGAAGCUCAUGAAGGGAGUGAUCGUUGUGGAGCUGCUGGGCGUCUUCGGGGUGUACGGCCUGUUUCACAUGAUGAACAACAGUCAAGAUUUCAGGAACACGAUGAACAAGAGAUUCCCAUCAGUUCUAGAAGUUUACUACAAGUCCAACGAGUGGGCGGGAGUCUACGGCAUCCGAGAGAGAGACCACGAAGCCUGGUCGGCCAAACAGGAGUGAAGAUGUCCGCCAGUGGAGAGUCCACAUCAUCAGCUACUUCUUCUUCUUGUUCCCAAACGUCCUGCCUGUUGUCCUGGGCCGGCCGAACAUGGUCUUCUUCUUGUUGAACAUGGUCUUCUUCCUGCGCAGCGUCUUGGCAUCGCAGCCGUGGAUCCAGUCGUCGCGCUGAGCCUCCCACUUGAGCUGCUUCAGACCUGCAGGGGAAGAGAGCAACAAGAUCACUGCCUGUAAAGUUUUUUAUCAUUAAUCUGAUUGAACAACACAGUGGAGAGGGAUUCAGAAGGAAGGUUUGAAAUGUUUUAAAUUACACUAGGUCCUCAGUUUACGGCGUCCUCGACCUACGGCUUUUCGCCGCUAUCUCUUGUUCCGACGUACACCAUUUGUGAUGUCAAAACAAAUUUGGUGUGGGAACUAGUUGGUGACUGGAACAAAGGCUAUAUGAGGAAGACGGCCUGGUUUCCAUUCACCGGUUGUACCACACAUGUCAUAGAAUGCGAGCUUUGACUUAUGACGAAAAUUGUGUUGCGUUGCGUCGUAGGAACGGAAUUCCGACAUAAAUCGAGCACACACUGUACUCUUAAAUCAUUUAUGUGGGUGAUGAGUUGUAGGUUGUUACCAUCAAUCCUCCUGUUCAGAUCCUUUUUAAUUUGAUUCCAGUGUCAGUGAUGUCGUUUCUAUAGAGUUAAAGCUGUAUUACGUACAUUGGAAUCAAGUUAAAAGGGCUCUCUGAACAGGAGGAGUAAUACCAGCAGCGAUGGAAACCUGUUUCAAUGCCAACAUGUGAAUACUUCACUGAGGGAAACAUUACAGGAGUUAUUGUGAUCAAUUGUGAAUUUUUAAGCUGAAUGUGACUGAUGUAAGUGAUUUUCUCUCUGAGGAGAAGUUAUUAAAUGCAGCUGGUAUCCAGCAAACUCACUAAAA